AUGGCUUUGGUACUCGUUGGUGGAGCUUUUUUGGGUGCUGUCUUUAAUGUAUUGCUUGAUAGAAUAGCUUCACCGGAGAUAGUGAGCUUCUUGAAAGGGAAGAAACCAAACUACAAGUUGCUGAAAAAGUUGAAGCUGAUUUUGUUGUCACUUAAUGGAGUUCUUGAUGCUGCAGAGGGAAAGCAAAUUACAAAUAUAGCAGUCAAGGAAUGGCUUGAUGAACUUAAAGAUGCUGCAUAUGAGGCUGAUGAUCUACUGGAUGAGGUUUUUACUAGAGCUAAAUAUGGUGCAGCUGAGGUAAGAAACUUUGACUCUACUUGUAGCUCAUAUGACAAAGAACUUGAAGAAAACAUGGAGGAGAUCAUUGAUAAAUUAGAUUUUAUUGCAAGUCAGAAAGAUGUCCUUGGUCUCACAGGGGGGUUAGGAGUCAAACUGUCUCAAAAAACUCCAACAACAUCUUUGAUUGAUGGGUCUAAUGUAUAUGGAAGAGAUGAUGAUAAAGAAGACAUAAUUAAGCUACUGUUUGAUGUUGAAAGUGGUGAUAACAAGAUAGGAGUGAUUCCCAUAGUUGGUAUGGCUGGAAUUGGAAAAACCACCUUAGCUCAACUUGUAUACAACGAUGACAGAGUGAAGGAAAAAUUUGAUCUCAGAGCUUGGGUUUGUAUUGCUGAAGAAUUUGACAUUUUUAAGAUUACAGAAACAGUUUUGGAGAUUCUUACUAUGUGCAAUUAUGGAAUUAGAGAUCUGAAUUCACUUCAAGUUGAACUAAAGAAAAGGCUGAUGGGAAAGAAAUAUUUAUUUGUUCUGGAUGAUGUGUGGAACGAGAACUAUGUUGAUUGGGAUAUACUGAGAAAUCUUUUUCAAUAUGGUGCUCAAGGGAGUAAGAUCAUUGUGACUACUCGAAGUGAGCAUGUAGCAUCAAUAAUGCAAACUAUUCCAUCAUAUCAUUUGAGAUAUUUGUCAGAUGAUGAUUGUUGGAUGUUGUUUGAAAAACAUGCAUUUGAUUAUAGAAGCUCAAGAACAAACCUGAUUUUGGAAGAGAUGGGUAAACAAAUUGCUAAAAAAUGUAAGGGAUUGCCUCUUGCAGCAAAAACAUUAGGAGGGCUCUUACGCUCAAAAACAGAAGUCAAAGAUUGGGAGAACAUAUUGAACAGUGACAUAUGGGAGUUGUCAGAUACAAUGAGCAAUGUUCUUCCAGCUCUGAGAUUAAGUUAUUAUUACCUUCCUUCACAUUUAAAACGAUGCUUUGCUUAUUGUUCAAUAUUCCCCAAAGGUUAUGAAUUUAACAAGGAGGAGUUGGUAUUGUUGUGGAUGGCAGAAAAUUUACUACAAGAACCAAGGAGGAAUAAGAGAAUUGAAGAAGUUGGAGAUGAGUACUUUCACGAACUGGUAUCCAGGUCAUUUUUUCAACAAUCAAGAAAUGGUGAAUCACUCUUUGUGAUGCAUGAUCUUAUAAAUGACUUAGCUCAAUAUGUAUCUGGAAAAUUUUGCAUCAGAUUAGAAAAUGACUCAAAUGAAGAAGCAGAGAAAAGAACUCGUUAUUUAUCACAAAUUAUUGCAUGCAGAUACCCCUCCAUAAACUUUGAGGCUUUCCACAAAGCAAAUGGUCUGCGCACCUUUUUGCCACUUAGCUCAGUAGAUCCACCUAUAUGCAUUUUCAACAAGGUGCCAUUUGAUCUAUUGACCAAGUUAAGGAGUUUGAGGGUUCUAUCUUUGGUUGGUGCCCGUGGCAGUAUCUAUGAUUUGCUCCACUUCAUUGGCAAACUAAGACAUCUAAGAUACUUAGAUGUGUCUGAUACUCAAAUCAAAAAGUUGCCUUGUUCCAUCUGCACCUUAUACAACUUGCAAACAUUGAAGGCAGCAAGAUGUCCUAAUCUCACAAAAUUGCCAAGAAAUAUGCAUUGUCUUGUAAAUUUAAGAUAUCUUGACAUCACAGGAACUUGCCUAGAAGGGAUGCCACUGCACAUGAGUAACCUAAGCAGCCUCCAAAAGUUGAGCAAUUUUGUUGUGGGCAGAGAGCAUGCUUCUUCAAUUGGUGAACUAGGGGAACUAUCUCAUCUACGAGGUUCUUUGAAGAUCCAAAACUUAAAACAUGUGGUUGAUCCUAAUGAUGCAAUGAAGGCAAAGAUUAAGGACAAGAAAAACCUUGACCAGUUGAGUUUAGAUUGGGGUCGGGCUGCUGAUACAGAUAAUUCCCAGCAUGAAAAAGACAUACUUGACAAGCUACAGCCACAUACCAACUUGGAAGUUCUUGACAUACAGCAUUAUACUGGUACACAAUUUCCAACUUGGCUGGGAGAUCAUUCAUUCUUCCACCUAGUUUGUCUUUCUCUUAAACAUUGUAAAUACUGCUACAUAAUGCCACCACUUGGGCAGCUUCCUUCUUUGAAAGAACUUCAUAUUUCAAAGUUUAAGGGUCUUGUUAGCAUUGGACCAGAAUUCUAUGGGGUUGGUUGUUGUGCAAGGAAUCAUCAGCCUUUUCCUUCUCUUGAAAUUCUGACAUUUUAUAGUAUGCCAGCAUGGGAGAAAUGGACUCAUCAUGAAGUUGAUCAUGAAAGCUGCAGAGCUUUCCCUUGUCUUAGAGAGCUUCAUCUGGAGGAAUGUCCCAUUCUACUUGGGGAUUUGCCUAUUUAUCUUCCAUCUCUUACAAAUCUUACCAUGAGAGACUGUAAGCAGCUUGCUACUUCAUUUCCAAGUGCUCCCUCUAUACGUACAAUUGACAAUUGUUGGAAAGUAGAAUUGCUAGAACAAAUAAAUGGGUGCCACCAGUCACUUGAAUCAUUAGAGAUCCACAAUAGUUGCUUCUCUCUCAAGUCUUUCCCAUUGGAUUUCUUUCCCAGCCUGAAGUCUCUAGUCAUCUGGGGUUGUGAAAAUCUUGAAUAUCUAACUGCUUCUGUUCAACUUGAGCUCCUCACUUCUCUCCAUUCAUUGUGUAUAUGGAGAUGUCCUAAUUUUGUAGCUUUUCCUAAUGGAGGAUUGCCAACACCCAAUCUUACAUCAUUGAAAGUCCGCUACUGCAACAAGUUAAGGUCACUUCCUGAAAGAAUGCAAAGUUUUCUCACAAGUUUAAAGGAACUCCUAGUAUGGAGUUGUCCAGAAAUUGAGUCACUUCCAAAUGGGGGUUUGCCUACUAAUUUGGAAUCAUUCAAAAUCAGGGAUUGUGACAAACUCAUUACUCACAGGCUAGAGUGGAAUAUGUCAUGUCUAACCUCCCUUUUACACUUUUCUGUUGAGGGAAAAUGUGAAGAUGUGGAGUCCUUUCCAGACGAAGGUUUUCUGCCUCCCACUCUUACCCAAUUAGAGAUUCGUGGAUUAUCAAAUCUCAAAACUUUGGAUAGCAAAGGGCUUCAAAAUCUCACAUCUCUCAAGAAAUUGAAGAUACUUGAUUGUUGUAAGCUUGAGUCAUUAGGAGAAGAAGUUACAUUGCCUAAUUCUACAGUUGAUCUUGACAUUUGGAAGUGUCCUUUACUACAAGAACAAUGGGAGAGCAACAACAGGCCCAAGAUUUCUGAACCUGGCAUUUGGAUAUGUGACAGACACAUUAAAUUGGAUGAGCUGCAGCACUUGUAA